GAAUUAUGCUCAGAUAGUCUGCCUCAUCGAUCAUCCCCAGGACGUCAACGUCGUGCUUGCCGCAAUGGCUUCUCAGCCAACCGUGCAUCAACUAUUCAGACGCCUGGAAACUGUGGGCAAGGGUGCCUACGGUUCCGUCCACAAAGGCGUUCAUAUACCCACAGGAAAUAUUGUGGCCCUGAAAAUCAUCAACUUGGACACUGCUGAUGAUGAUGUAGAAGCCAUUCAACGUGAGGUAGCUCUAUUGACCCAGCUUCGCGAUGCUCCGAACGUUACCAAGUAUUACGGUUGUUAUCUUGACGGGCCUCGCGUUUGGAUCGCUAUGGAAUUCGCCCAGGGUGGAAGUGUCCGCACUCUCAUGCAGACCUCUAAAGACCGCGUUCUGGAGGAACGGUUCAUUGUACUCAUCAGCCGUGAGGUCGUCAUUGGCCUCAAUUAUCUACACAAAUCCGCCAUCAUCCAUAGAGACAUCAAAGCCGCUAACAUCCUCAUCACUGCCACCGGUAAAGUCAUGAUUUGCGACUUCGGUGUCUCCGCACUCUCUGCCACGACCACAAGUAAACGAAACACUUUGAUGGGCACCCCGAAUUGGAUGGCUCCUGAAGUGGCACAGCCCGUUCCAGCGUACGAUAGCAAGGCCGAUAUUUGGAGUUUAGGCAUCAUGAUUUACGAGAUGGUGAAGGGUGCACCUCCUCACUCAGAUUUAAGGGAUGCAAUCAAGGUUAUGCAAUUAAUAGCCAAGGUACAACCCCCUCAAUUGGCUGAAACAGAUGGUAGCAAAGAAAUGCGGGAGUUCGUAUCGCACUGUCUCAAAGCAUCUCCGAGUGAGCGGUUUUCCGCUGAUGAAUUAUCAAAAACGAAAUGGAUUAAAUCGGCGAAGGCUAACGUGUCUGCUCUACGGGAGCUGAUACUCCGGUACGAUGCUUGGAUGCAAAAUGGGGGCACUCGCAACAGCUUAGUGGAACCACUCGACUGGGAGAAUGAGGAGAUGAAAGACUUACAAGGUGUGGUAGAUGAAGAGACAGACCUCUGGGAAUUUGACACAAUAAGACGUCGAACAUUUCAAGCCGCAUUAAAAGAAGAUUUACUGCCAGAUACCUUCCCGAAUGACUCGUCACUAGCAGUUCCUACUGUCAAGCCUUCAGCUCGGGUACCUACAUCCUUGCGUGGCCUUUUUGAUGAUGAUUCCAUGCAUCUUGGAGUUGAAACUCUACGGGCUCCGAUGCCACCCCCUCCACCACGGCGCGAUACUCCGAGCCCCACGCCUCUCGCAUCUUCCUCUUCGUCACCAUCACGUGAUCGUACGCCGUUCAAACGCACAUUAGCCCCUACGGACAGUACAGAUGAUGUCCAGAUGGUCAAGUACAAUGAUUUCGCAUUUCCUCCCCGGAGAGCGAAGUCGAAACUCUCCACCAGCGUCCCAACUUCUAUGGAUGUGGAAACGAAAGAUGAAAACGCUCUUCCAGAGAACAAGGCCGAAGCUUCUGGUACCGUUAUCGAGACGGCUCCGACCUCUCCUCUUUUGCCACCCGUCAGGCCUUUUGUGGCCCGGGAGAGGAGUGGCAGCUCAUCAAGCAAAGGCAGUGAUGCCAGCAGCUCCGCAGCAAGUUUAAUUCUACCGGGACUCAAAGACGCAGUGAAGGUAGCAAGCGACGGCAUAUCAUCGAAAUGUUCACUCAAGUCAUUUUAGGUGCCUACCAUUACAUCGGAGCACCAGUUGGGUCUAACAGAUUUGCUCCCCCCUUCACCUUUGGCCCUUGUACACAAUAAAAGCUCCUUUGUUCAUUCUCCCAGUGCACUCGGGUCACCCAUGAUGACAAGCGAAA